AGAAUAUUUUACAACGUUUUGCCAAGCAAUUGUUCAAUUUGGAAAUUAUCAAGCUUAACAACUCUUCUGCGGAAAACUGUUCGGAUGCUACAGAUGAAAACUCCUAUUCAGAUAAAAACCUUCUAAAAGACGAAGCAACCGAAUUCUCAACUGAACAAUGCCUUUCAGGGCUUCUAACAGUGUACGGUAUUCUCGAAAGCAAGAGCGCGUAUUUCGUUUUGGAACCGUUUGCGCCUCAUUCUUUACAGGACGUGGUAUGGUUUAGUCCCAGCGUCAUAUCGUCCACAAUCACAAAGCCUUUAUUUUUAUUAUAUCAAAUACUCAAAUUGUUUGAAACGUUCCACGCGCUGGGCUAUUACUGUACGGUAAACAGCCUUCAAAAUAUUUUACUGGGGAACUGUUUGUGGUUACAUUUAAGUGCCAGCAGUUCAAACAUCGGUGAUCUUGUAACAGAAAAAUCUGACACAAACGAUGAACGCGUCCAUGGUUCUGAAAUAAAAUCUGACUUAGACUCAAAAGAGAUCGGAGCUUAUGAAGUUUCAUUUCCUUUUCAAAAGCUUGGUCUACCGGAACUUAUUGAUAAGUGGGUUAAAAAAGAAAUUAGUAAUUUUGAUUAUUUGAUGGCUUUGAACAUGAUCGCCGGACGCCGUCUUGGCGAGCCCAAUUACCACCCUGUCCUGCCGUGGGUCACAGAUUUCACGAGUCCGAACGGAAAACACCGUGAUCUUACCAAAUCUAAGUUUCGUAUCAACAAAGGUGAUUUUCAACUUGACAUCACGUUUAAGAAUGUUUCAGACUCGGACGACGAUCUCACGGAAAAUCCCCCACAUCACGUUUCGGGUGUCCUGUCCGAGAUCACGUAUCAUGUCUACUUAGCACGUUGCACGCCUAAAAGCGUGCUUCAGAAACACGUUCGCGCGAAAUGGGAGCCGAACGAGUACCCUUCGAAUAUGCAGAGGCUUCAGGAAUGGACCCCAGAUGAAUGUAUACCCGAGUUCUAUACCGACCCUACAAUUUUUAAAUCAAUUCACGCUGACCUUCCUGAUCUGGGGAUACCAAGUUGGGCCGAAAGUUCGGAAGAGUUUAUCAGAUUGCAUCGUAAGGCGCUGGAAAGCGACUACGUCUGUGACCAUCUACACGACUGGAUUGAUUUGACAUUUGGUUAUAAGUUGGUGGGUGUUGCCGCGGAGAAAGCGAAGAACGUGUAUCUGCAUUUAGUCGAUCAACAUCAGACAAUCAGCAGUCAUGGUGUGGUGCAGUUGUUUGAACAACCGCAUCCCAGGCAACAUCGCCACCAUGAUAUGGUUCUGUACCCGUCCAUGGUUAAUCUGGAAGAUGGUUUGGAACAUGAAAUGCGAGAUGUUUCCAACGAAGGUAUUUAUUUAGACGUUUUUAAUCUUGAAUGUCCAUAGCUCCUACUAGUGUGAUACAGAUCUCGUAGUAAGCUAAUCUCAUUAAAAAAAGGUUACAUUUACUGGUUGCGAGGUCCGGAUUGAUGGAGAAACACUGUGGCCGAGGUCUUGAAACGACCUCAUCCAUGCAGAAGAGAUGUACCGUCACAGUUUAUUUUUUGUAUAUAUAUACAUGAACUUCUGCCAACUUCAGACAUAAUUUACGCUUGUACGUACCAUUUAAGGUCUCUUUAUUUUAGCAUUAUUUUACGCAUGAAGCAUGAAACAUACUUUUUAGGUUUGUUUACCGUUUUAUAGGGGGCCUCCUAAAAAUUACAAAUUUUGAAUGUGGUCAUAACGACAUCGUAUACUAUACUGUAUUAUCUCCUCUUAAGCUCUUAAAAGUCUAAAUUUUUCAUCAGGGCAGAUUGGUUAUGUCGAAGAAGGCCGGGCAGAAUAUGCAUCCGAUGAAGUCCUGCCAAGUUCUUGGGACGAAGUUGAUCUUGAUACGAAAGUCGAGACGGGUGAAGAUGAACUGGGCGCCUCCUUGAAUUUCAAGAAACUGAAGCAAUGGCCACGUCCUUAUAUUCCUGCUUUCUUGAGACUCAAGGACAGUGUGGAGACGACCACUGAUAUUUUGCCAGCCAUCGACAGUUUGCCAAUAUCGCUACCUAUUGGGUAUGGGCCGCUCGAGGAGUUUGAUCAAGUGGAGCUGCUCACUAAGUUUAAGUUACAAACAAAGCAAAACGAUCUUUCAGUCGCAAAGGAUUCAUUUGGCGAGGUUAGUACUUUUCCUUUUUGGUUGUGUUUAGUGCUUCUGGCACAGCAACAACAACAACAACAACGACGACGAUAACAGCAAUAACCACAACGAUAACAGCAACGACAACAAUAAUAGCAAAGACAACAGCAACGACAAUAACAGCAACAGUGACAAAGAUAACAGCAACAACGACAACGAUAACAGCAACGACAACAAAAACAGCAACGACAACAAUAACAAUAACAGCAACAACAAUAACAACGGCAAUAACAACGACAAUAAUAACUACAAUAACGACAAUAAUAAUAACAACAACGACAAUAACAACAACGACAAUAACAACAACAACAACAACAACACCAAAAACAGCAACACCACCACCAAAAACAACAACAACGACAACAACACCAAAAACAACAACGACUACAGCAGCAACAACAACAACAAUAAUAAUAAUAAUAACAACAACAACAACAAUUAUGAGAAAAAUAACAAGAACAAACAAUAGCACAGCACAGCACAGCACACAACAAUAAAAAAUUGAAACCACAAGAAAAUUACUACAAGAAACAGCAAUUAUAAUAUAGAAGCAAUAACAUGCACCAUCGUAUUCAACAACAACAAUAAAAACAACGACAACAAUUUUUUAUUCGUAUCCUCACACAAAUAUAUUACACUGUUGUAAGAAAUAAAUUAAAACAAAUUAGGGAUACUUGCCUUCAGCAAUAACCAUUAGGCUAAAAAUGGCUGAAAACAGCAACAGUGAACAGUAACAGCAACGAUUUAUUGCACUUGUAGUUAUUCAUAAGCUGGUAUAAGCGUAUCUAUUGCAGACCUAGAUACAAUUCAAAUCCCAUGCAAUAACUAUUGAAGGCUAACCUAGACAGAUGACAUCACUAUUUCCGGGCAUUUUGAGGAAUUUGUCAACGAUCUCCUAUAACUCCAUUCAUAUCAUCAAUGUAAUUGAAUAGGAAUUUUUCCCACCACACCUCUUCCUGUGGCAGACAUUAGCUUCGGCUGGAUUAUAAAUUUAAAUCUUUAACACGCGAAAUAAUCGUAUGUUGUUAUCACUUGUCAACUAUGGAGUAUGUAUUUGUCGUCGUUAAGGUCGUAGUUGUGCCAAGAUCAGAAAUUCCUGAAACUGCUCGUCACAAAGAAAUCCAAAAUAUAUGUACCAUGGUGAUGGAGAUGUUUUUACCUGCAAAAAUGAGACUGUUGUCCUCUGAUAUGUCGCAGAAAGAGAGAUUCAUUACAGCGAAACGUGUCUACAGUGCUGGCAAAUUUGCCGUCCCAGGGUUAGUAUAGUAUAGUAUAGUAUGGUAUAGUAUAUCAAGGUAGCAAAUUUAGCCCACGCAGGCUACACCAAAUGUAAUAUUUGGUAUGUGUAAUAUUUGGGUAUUUCUAUCAAGAAAUGCAAUAUAUCUUCGUUGGAAAGAAAAUCUUUAUCAACCUUUUCUUUGUAAAAGUUUCCCCAUAUGAUGAAGUCAUUGGAUAGAUUUUAUCUGCAAGGGCAAACCAUUUUGCAAUUCGUUUAAUUUAAAGCCCAGUCGAAUUGCAUUCACGACCCAACUUUUCCACACUCCAGUCUAGUGUCUUCAGGAGUGAUCAACGUGUGGCUUCUUAUAUAACCAUAGGAUGACGUCAUCUGCCAACAAGAUGGAUAUAUUCUUCUGGAAAAUAAGAACCGUCAUCCCUAUUCAAAGCAUGAUUACUCCUAUCUACAUGCCACGCUUCUAGGCAACGUCUUUGGCCAUAGCGAUUGUUAGUGGUACGGCCAAGGACGUCGCUAUGGCCAAAGACGUUGCCGGGGGUGUCUUUGGCCCUUUUAUUGUUGUCCCUACUCUUAUCUAUGUCUGAGCGUUUCAUAAGCGCCAAUAAACAUGCGAGUCGAUUUCUUGCGUCUAAUUCGCCACCAUCUUGAUGGUUCCAAAUUGGGACAACUUCUCCUAUUUGUUCACAUCUUCUUUGGGAAAUAAGUUUUCAUCAGAUGAAUUGUAAUUUUACUUAAUUUUUUCUGCUACGAUUUAUCUGAUGUUUGGCAGUGAAACAUUUGAUCAAAUGUAUUAAUUUAGAAUAUGAUCAAUGUUAUUAAGAUAUAUCACGUUUUCUCUUAGAACAACCCAAAUAUUACACAUACCACAAAUAAUAUUUGGGAUUAGUGGCAUAUUAAACAAAAUAAAAUAAACAUUCUUUAUUUUAUUAUUCCUCUUGUAGAAUUCUGCGUGACGGUUUAAAGACGUUAUUCGACGAAGGAUGUGGUUUUCAUAAACGUCAAGGAUUUCCUCCUUUAACUCCCGAACUUUUGCUCCAACAACAUGUUAACAUCGUUCCGUUUCCGUCGUACUUCAAACAUCUCUACGAAUUCCUUGUCGAAUUUCACCUGGGCAACCCUAUAACCAGUACUUUGGCAAUUGCAGAAAAGAAUAAUAGAAAAUUCGCUAUAACAAACACGCUCAAUGAUGUUUCCUACACUUUGCGACAGGUCGAAAUUGCCGUUAAACAUUUGCCGGAUUUGUUGGCUGAUUUAAACGGGGAGGGACUAGACUUGUUAAUAAGCUACCUAAGUCCACUAUUUUCUGACGAGAAAACCCAAUUGCAAGCGUUUCUACAUUUGUUUGAUCCACUAGCAGCGAGUUUGGGUCCAAAACGUACCAAGAAGACGUUUUUGAAGCAAUUGUUGAAGCAUUACGAUGUCCGGAUGGGCAACGCUUCAGUGCUGCUGUUUCAUCAAUCGUUUUUAUCCAAGCUUAUUAUGCGCUUUGGUAUGGAUCAAUUUUUGGAUCAUUUUCUGUCCUUCAUCGUCGAUGCUUUGAAUUUGUCCAGCAAAGAUGCGCAGGUUUGUUUUUACCUCCGCCAGGAAGUUCUGUUUAGAUCCGUGUUUGUUUGUUUGUUUGUUUGUUUUGUUUGUUUUGUUUGUUUGUUUCUCGGUCAGGACGAUAACUUAAAAUAUCAAACGUAUUAAAGGCACAUGUGGUUCAGCCUUUUGAAUGAUGGUUUUUAAGGCGCAUUUCAGUCCUUUUAAUUGAAAAACUAACUAGGAAAAUCAAUUAUGCAUAAUUCAAGAUCAGUAAACUCAAUGUUCUAAUAAUAAAAAUGUUUUAAAAAUUAAAAUGUUAAAAGCAUUAAGUUUGCUGAUCUUGAAUUAUACUUAAUUGAUUUUCCUAGUUAACGUUAGUUUUUUCAAAUAAAAGGGCCGAAAUACGCCUUAAAAACCAUUAUUCAAAAGGCUGAACUGUGCCUUUAAUGCGAAUUUUUUUGGGACUAUAAUGGACAUUGCCCUUUGUCACAGACCUUAUGUGACACAGGCUGGACAUUUCCCAAGGACAAAUGGAUUAAAUUUUGGUUAAAUGUGGACGAAUAUUGGAUGAGGAAUUUGUAACAGUUUGCCUUUGCUUUGCCGGGCAGAGUAAAGUGAAUGCGUAAUUAGCGCAGCGUAAUUAGCGCAUUGUAUAAUUUAUGCAUGAUAUUGAGUCUCCGAGUGCGCUCUUUAGUUUUAACAUGCAAUUGUACACGGUGUCCCAAAACAAUGCCCUCUUCUUGGUAUUAGAGUGUUAUCUUUAAUAGAAUUUUCAGAUUUUUAAACUGGAUGAAACAAUGGUUGUAUUGUUUCUACAUGUUGAUAUUGGACUGAUUAAAAUGUUCAACUGUUUGCCUUCUUGAUUCACGUACGGUGGCGAUACCGAUUUAUCACCUUGUCACAAAACAGCAAAUUCAAAACAUUUUCAUUUCUCAUAAAGCGCAGCCAGGUAGGCAUUUAUUUUAAAAUCUCCUUCUAAAAGUAUUAAAAUAUUUUAAAUUCCCAUAAUGUGGACAAGCUGGAAUAAGAAUGACCUUAAGUGAUUCCAGAAGGCAAACGGUUGGUUACUUUCAUUCUUUGAUCAGUCGACUACCAAUGAAUAAGAUGUUUAUUUGCACGGCAUGAUGAUUAGCACUCCCCCACUGUCAUUACUCUAAUGAUUUUUAAGAAAACAUUUUCCCUUCAGGUGAAUGUUGAUACAUAUAGUCAAGAUGAAGUACAAGGUGUUGUACUGGAGGAUGAUAAGGGACUCGCUCAGAAUGACAAAAGAGAACCACAAGACGAAUGUAAUGUUGAAGAUGCUGAACGCCAGUUGAGUCGACCUGAGAAAGAACCAGGUUAGUACUAAGGUUUUGCACCACCGUAUUUUAUUCGCUCUAAGCCAAUUGGAAAUGUCGUGGGGGUUUUUUACGUUGGCACAUCUGCUAUUUUUUAUAGCCGUGUUUUAUAGGUAUUUCCUCAAAUUAAGUUUUUGUAUAUCAUCAAAUAAGGAUAAACUAAAGCGUAAUAGACCAUUUUAGUGUGUUUAAAUUUGUAAAGUGUCGAAUUUUAGAUAGUAUUAUUCCCGCCGAUUUUAUAACUUUUUUCGUAAUUGAAUCAAUAUGAUCAUUCCGAGUUAAGUGUUCAUCAAUAAUAACACCUAGAAAUGUUGUGUUUUUAUUAAACUUGUUUUAUAUUGGCUGUUUGUUUAUCGAAAUUGUGAUGUCAUGUUUAGUCUGUUUGAUGAUCUAAACAAGAUAAGUUUUGUUUUAGCUGUAUUCAAUGAUAGUUUAUUGUUUCCAAUCCAGUCAGCUAAUUUAUUUCAUCUUGCAUGAUUAAGUUCAACUCUUUUAAGCAAGAAUGACUAUAGAAAAUAUUUGUAUCAUCUGCAAAUAAUAUAUUGGAGACUAGAUUGCAACAGUUCUGAAUAUCGUUUAUAUAUAUAAAAGAAAUAGAAGUGGCCCCAGUAUUGAGCCUUGAAAAUAAUGAAACGAUAAAAGUUCCUAGAAGAUACAGUUUCUAGAACGUUUAGAAACAGAAGAUAUUGAAAAAUGUAUCUUUUUAUAUUAUUCUUAGUCUAUUAAAACCUUUGAUAAUUAGCGCAAUUGUAAGUUAAAAUCUUCAGAGUACAAUUAAAUACUAGAUUUCGGCCAUUAUUAUCAUUCUGUCCUAUCCUAUCUAAGACUCACAACUGCAAGUUAUGGGCAAAUAACUUUACUCAUUACUAUCGAUCGUAGUUAAUUUCAUUGUCGAAAAUCCGCAAGUUAUUAAGAACUGAACUGGGUCAGCCGAUAUGGUAAUUCAUAUCUCAUCAUGUCUUGUUUCGCUUUUUUCACGCACACGGUUUGCAGGUACUUUUUAAAUACUUUAUGUAGUUGUAGUUAGAACCACCAAGAAAAGAAAGAAUAAAUUGCAGCACGCUUCGAACAACAAUUUUUUUACACAUCUCUCGCUCUCUUUAUUUGAAUAAAGAAAGUGAAAGUCAAACGUACAGCGAAUCUAAUGGAUCAGUUGACAAAGUCUUUGAAAUGUCCCAGGAGAUACGUAAAGAUUACAGCGAGGAACAAAAAGAAAACACAGACUCUGAAAGAGUAUUUGGGGAAGGGAAGAGUGAUUUAGUAGAAACUUCCAGUGAUGAAUCCACUAAUGGUGCACGGAGCACGAGUGUAUAUGCAACGACAGGUAUAUAGAGAUAGCUAAGAUAGCUAUGUAAGAAGUUGAAUCUUUCCCAAUACAGACACCGUAUUAGAUAGUUAUGCUUAUUAAAAAGGAGUACCCAUAUUAGAGAGGUGUCUGUGUUAGAGAGGUGUCUGUAUUAGAGAGGUGUCUGUAUGAGAGAUGUGUCUGUAUUAUAGAGGUGUCUGUAUUAGAGAGGUGUCUGUAUUAGAGAGAGGUGUCUGUAUUAGAGAGGUGUCUGUAUUAGAGAGGUGUCUGUAUUAGAGAGGUGUCUGUAUUAGAGAGGUGUCCGGACGUAUUAGGCUGCUGUCUGUAUUAGAGAUGUGUCUAUAUUAGAGAGGUGUCUGUAUUAGAGAGAUGUGCUUAUUGAAGAGGUGUGUCCGUAUUAAAGAGACGUGCUAAUUAGAGAGGUGUAUGUAUUAGAGAGGUGUCCUCUUUACAGAAGCUAGUGUCCAUAAUAGAGAGAAGCGUUUACUGAACAAGCGUGCCCGUAUUCGAGAGGCGUACUAAUUAGGGAGAUGUCUGUAUUAGAGAGGUGUCCGCAUUAGAGAGCUGACCGUAUUAGAGAUGUGUCCGUAUUAGAGAGGUGUUUGUAUUAGAGAGGUGUUUGUAUUAGAGAGAUGUGCUUAUUAAAGAGGUGUGUCCGUAUUAGAGAGACGUGCUAAUUAGAGAGGUGUCUGUAUUAGUGAGGUGUCCACAUUAGAGAAGCUAGUGUUCGUAUUAGAGAGAUGCGCGUAUUAAAGAAGUGUACCAGUAUUAAAGUGGCGUGCUAAUUAGAGAGAUUUCCGCAUUAAAGAGGUGUCCGUUUUAGAGAGAUGUCCGUAUUAGAGAAGUCCGUCAUAGGGAGGUAUCUGUCAAAGGGCCUGUUCAUAUGGGCAAAACAAAAGUUAUCCCGGUUUGCGAGAAACCCUUUCGACAAGUUUACAAGCGAGAUCUUGCCUUGGUAUGAAAAUAAUAUGAAAAGUUACACUGCGUUCAUAUGAGACAAAACGUUUUCCCGUGUACCGAGAUCUCGCUUGUUGACAGGUGUGUCAGCAACUUUACCAUUCAAUGCUACGUCACAGCCGGAAACGAGGUAAGCGGGAUAACGUUUCCCUCCCAGAACAAAAGUAUUUGGCUAGUCGAAAAGUUUUCUCGUUAACCGGGAUAACUUUUGCCCAUAUGAACAGGCCCUUAGACGAAUUCGAGCACAUCUAGCUAAUCAUAUAUACGAUCUUCCGUGUCAACAAGUGGAGCCGGUUUAAUUUGCGGUUCCGAAUUUGACAUAUCUAACUGGUAUUUUAUUUCUCAGAGAGUGCACAGGAAGGUUUUAUGAACGACGAAUAUCGAGGACUUUACAAAAUCGACGAAUUUUCUUGUGGGGAAGUGUACAAUGAUGAUGGCGGCACUGGUCGUCUUGGUGACGAAGAUGAUGACGAGGUGGAAACAAUCGAAAGGAAUGAUGCCAUCUUUCACAAGUCGUUUCCGACGAUAGCCCGACGGGACUCCGAUGAUGACUGGGAAAGGGUUACCGAGUCCGAUUUCAGUUUUGAACGAUCCGUUUCCUUUCAUUCUGAACAUUUGGACGAUGGUAAAGAAGAUACAAAUAUAGGCGAUGAAGAUGUGAGUUCAAUUUGUUUCAAAUGCCCUAUUAACGGUAGGGCCUGUUUAGUUACCUGGCAAAGCGAUUCUCGGCCGUUUUCCACUGGGCGAAAUUUUCCGCGCGGUGCGGAAUUUCUCUUUGUUUUGUAAUUUCUCGGGUGGAACUAAUUAGAAAAGACAAAGAGAAAUUCCCCUCCGCGCGGAAAAUUCCGCCUAGUGGAAAACGGCCUUUAUUUGCUGAGGCGGUGGGACAAACAAGCAGUCUGUUUAUGUUGAAUCGUGUCACUCAUCGUGGCAUUUGCCGCCGGAUUUCCGACUUGACCCUCAAAAUGGCGCCAAAAUAUAAAAGAACUUAAAUCGUUAAACGUUAAAAACAUUAUGAAAUGUCGUAAGAAGACAAGAAUAAGCGCCGAGAAAUUCAGAAUGAUUCGUGUGGAUUUUUGAGUUAAUAUAGUGCGAGGUUAAUUUUAGACAUCGAGCAGUCUCUAUUUCUGAAUUAAUUUCGUGUCAUCCUCUUUCGUCGUAGACAUCAGACCGUGAAAUUCCCGAGGCUGCAGCAGAAAGCAUCUGUUGGUUAUCCCCAAGACUUGGCCCGUUGUUGGCUUCCAAUCAUAUUAUCAAACCAUUGUUGGGCAUGCUAGUCAAAUGUUAUGUUGGUGUUGUUGCUAUGGGUGAUAAAGGGAUGUCAAUCGGUGAUACAAAUGCUAAGUGGAUUUUGCAUUGUUUGGCUUGUUGUACUGAAAUAUAUGGUGAGGCAGUUAUUGUUCAUCAAUACAUGCCUUUUGUCAUGUCCAAGGUAAGACUUAUGAAGCCAGUAAUGUGCUGUCAUUAAUACGGUAUAUUUUUAUGUUAAUUAAAUUCGCUCAUAAAGCCAUGAUCUAUUUAUAGAGGACAGACGCACGGAAUUACGUCACACUAAAUCUUAUCUAAUAGCAUUCCCUUGUUUGUAUAGAUUAUGUACGCAUGAUAUUUGUAAAAUUUCGACUUUUUCAAAUUUCCAAAUGUUUGGGUGGUUAAAAAGUAAGAUAUUUACCUGUUUAAUUCGAGGGGUUUUUUUAUUAUAUAAAGCCUCGGCGGCUUGUGAGCCACUUUUUUGUACUUCCCACAUUUUGAUGUAAUACUUUGUAUCUAUAACUGAACAGACAACGUCAAAAUUUUAUCUAUUUGUUAGUCAGAACCAUUUUCAGAGAUAUGAACUCGAAGAGUUCGAAGAUUACAACGAAUUUUUGGUUGUAAUCUUCAAUGUCAGAAUAAAUAUGACAUUGAUGUUAAAUAAUUAUUGAUUUUGAUGGUGUCCCCGUCUUUCUCAGCAGUUUUAUUAUGCAAAUAAUAACAUACAUUUAUACUGCUUAAUUUCAGAUCAAUAUUUCUUCGGAACAUGUGAGUGUAAAAGGUGAAGCCAAUCUGGCAGGAGCUCUUGUCCUUGUCAGGCAAUAUAUUUGUUCGAUUUCCAAGGAUUCUUUGAUGCAACAGUUUGAGGUAAGAUUGUACAUAUACUGGAACCUGUACCCAGUGAACUCUAUGUAAACUGGAACGAUAACUCGGGUGAGGGGUUGAAGCCAGUGCAUUUUAGUUUUUCUGAGUUUUGAGCAGAAAUACUUAACACUGAACGUUGUGCUGUAUAUGAAACUAAAGCUAUUGAAAAACGCUAUUUGGUGUAGAAAUUUCAAUACUUUAGCUAAAAGGAAAAUAUUUAAAAACUGCAAAAAUAAUUGCCAAUAAUUUGCCAUUUUUUGGCCGAAUGGCAGUUGUUUUUAUAUUUUUUAAAUAUUCUUCUUUUCGCUGAAGUCUUGAAAUUUUCACACCGAAUAACAAUUUUUAAUAGCUUCAGUUGGAUAUAUAGCCCAACGUUUGGGAUCAAGUAUUUCAGCUCAAAACGUAGAAAAACUAUUUUCAGCGAAUCGUAGGCUUUAUCAUUGGAGUUAGCGUUCCAGUUUACAUAGACUUCACUGCCUGUCCCUCUCUAAUGCAAAUACAAUGCUUUAAUCAUUAUAUUAAAGUGCGACUAAACCCAAAUAUAAUUUUUGGUAUGCGUAUAAUACUUGGGUCAUUCUAAGAAGAAAUGUAAUUUAUCUUUAUAGUAAAAAACCUCAUCUUGAUCAAUUUUUUCACUGUCAAAGUUUCCGGAUAUGAUGUCAUUAAGUGAAUUUUUGGUACAAAAAAAAAAGGAAAACUAAUUUGCAAUUCACCUAAUGACAUCAUAUCCCCAAACUUUGACAGUGAAAAGUUGAUCAAGAUGGGAUUUUUUAUUAUAAAUACAUAUUACAUUUCGUCUUCGAAUGACCCAAAUAUCAUACCAAAAAUCAAAAAUACCAAAAAUCGUGUUUGUGGUUAGUCGCACUUUAUUUAAUUAACUUUAUCAUUUUAUAGAUGCUAUGUUAUCAAGCUGUUGACCAAGUCCUGUGCCUUAUAUCAUCUGCAACGAUAACCUUGGCAAGCGAGGCGCCCGCUAGAACGUUCCUUGCGUUACUUGUUCUGGAUAUUCUUCAAGUUGUGUGCGAUAUUUUUGAGCGGGGUUCAGCCCAGGACCUUCUUGCACCUUUGAUUGCCACGUUCUUUUCAUGUUUUGAGUCUUGUAAUUCUCCCACUGAGACAGGAAAGGAUGUUUCCAGGAAACAACCUUGCGCGAACGAGAUACGCGAGACUUUCACUGCAUCAUUAGCAUAUAAUGCGUACAUUCUGCUUUGUAAGUCUCUCGGUGACACAUAUAUGUCGGCAACUUUAGAUAAAAACUACGACAUGAUAUGGCAGUUAUGUUGUUCGGUAGACGAAGCGCUAUCUAACCACACAACGUCCCCAACUUCUCAACCAGUCUUUGUAUUAUCAGACGAGGAAACUGAGACAGUACACGCAACAUCAAAAGUUAAACCCGCGCCAAAUGCUACGGAGAAGAAGGCUUUUGAUUCAGAAAGUUUUUCGCCAGACAUGGAAUCUCGUAAGGAUGUGAAGAGUACAAGUUUAGAACGAGCCGUGCCUGCCCAAUUGGAAACAAGGUAUAAUAUGCAGUCGGCGAUUAUCUAUUACUGAGUGAUAUCGAUACCGUCCGGUACCAGGCUACAGUGGGAAGUAUAGUCUACACCAAGACAUUACAGCGGAAAUGUUUUCGAGUUUCCGAUAACUUGUGACAUUACCCUGUUAUGUUCUAACUAAAUGUCAACACUAUGUGCUGAUACAUGUACGCAUAGCGUACCUAUUUUUAAAUUUGAUUGCUUUACCAGUUUGCUUAUUACGGUUAUAACUUAUAAGUCAAUGAAAGUAUUAUUUAGUUAAAUGAGUCAUUACAAUAGGAUACAUUACAACAGCAUACAGUACAUCCAUCGCUGUGACUAUUGUUUGAGUUUGGUGUAUAAAUCCAUGAAGAGUCCACAGUUCAUAAUUGAUUAUAUACAUUAAAUAAUUACCACGGCAAUUGCUUAAUUUUAGGACCAAGGGCACGUUUGUGUCAUCAAGACAACACUUGGCUGGAAACUGGCUUAAAUAUUGGAAGAAUCAUUUAGGUAA